AUGCUUAUUGUCCUCACAGAACAAAAGACCAAAAAUUCUACACACUCUUUCACCAAAACCCUUCCACUUCUCAAACCUCAUUUUCCCUCCUAUAAAUUCAACUCCCUCGUUUCUCACUGUUCCAAUUCCGAUCGCGAAGACCAGCGAUGGCUCCGCGAAGAACAACGCUGGCUCCGAGAAGAGCAACGCUGGCUUCGCGAGGAGAAUCGCUGGAAUCGCCAACGCGAUGAGCUUCUCACUCAAAUCUCCGAACUCAAACUACAAAUCGAAUCCCUAGAGAGGCGAAUUGUUUCUUCAUCUUCUAGCGCGUCUUCCGUUUCCGACGCGGUUGCGAAUGUUGCGUCGUUGUUGCAGGUGUUGAAGGAUAAGAAUCUGGUUCUUGAGAGUGGCUCUAGUCAGCGGAGGAUUGUGUUUGAGGAGGAAGAGGGAGAGGAAACUGUAGAUGUUGUUGAGCAUGAAAAAGAGGAGAAGGAAUCUUUGGAGCAUGUAAAGGAGAUUCUGGUUGUUGAGGAAGCUGCUGCUAGAGUUGAACAGAAGAUUGUUUUGCGAAAUGGUUCCGAAGGAGAAGAGGUUCGAGAGAUGCAGGAGGCAUUGCUAAAAUUGGGGUUUUACUCGGGUGAGGAGGACAUGGAGUUCUCCAUUUUCUCAAGUGGAACAGAGCGUGCUGUGAAGACUUGGCAAGCUUCAUUAUGUAUCUCUGAGGAUGGGAUUAUGACAUCUGAACUUCUUGAAAGGCUACAUUUGGAGACAACGACUUUGGAUACAGGCAAUGCAAAUGAAACCGUAAAAUCUACUACUGUUUUUCCCAAGGUAGUCGAAAAUGGAGCUGCAGUUGCUUCUGUGACAGAAAUUUCGGAAGUUCAGCAAAAAGUUGUGGGGAAAGUUGACAAAGGAACAGAAUUAUCACAUCCAAGAGUUUUUCUCCUUGGAGAAAACCGGUGGGAAGAACCCUCAAGACUUCCUGCAAAGAAUGCAGUUGAUGGUGCCAAGAACAAGGACACAACAAUAAAGUGCCUUCAAUGUCGUGGAGAAGGUCGCUUGUUGUGUACAGAAUGUGAUGGAACUGGUGAGCCAAAUAUUGAACCUCAAUUUAUGGAAUGGGUGGAUCAGGGUACAAACUGCCCAUAUUGUGAAGGCCUAGGGUAUUCAAUUUGUGAUUUAUGUGGAGGGAAAACAAUGGUGUAGCUACGACUUAUUUGGUCAUCAUUUCGUACUGGUAUCUAUUCAUCAAUAUCGAUGUAUCUCAAAAUCUUGUAUAUCAAUAUUAGUUUAUUUAUUACUUUCUGUUCCUGAUUGUACAGAAAGAUAUUUAAUUCAAAGCUACACCAGAGUGAACAUUAGAGCAAUUAUCAAAACAGUAUAGCUAAUAAUCAAAACCGAGAAAUAGAAAUUUAAUCAUGUUAGAGGGUUUGGAAUGAA